GAUCAGAAUCAUUGACGCCGUGAUAUAGACGCGCAAGCCUAGAUUAUGUCUGGAACAGCUUACUCCGUCCAAGAGCAGCUUUUUUGUUUUCCUACGUGAAACCGGCAAUCAGCAAUGUCGCCUUAUAGAGCAUAUAUGUCACUUGACGAGUUCUAGUCUACAAAUAUAUUUUUAUAUCGCGCGGCUGCAACCCUUGCUCCUUCUUCUGUCAAUGAUUGUCCUACCCAUAUAAGCCUUCUCAUGGCGGAGACCAAAAUUAUAUACCAUAUCGACGAAGAAGAAACCCCGUAUUUAGUGAAACUGACGGGUUCUCCGGAAAAAGUAACGUUGGCAGAUUUUAAAAAUGUACUCAACAACCGCCCGAUUAAUAGUUACAAAUUCUUUUUCAAAUCUAUGGAUCAGGAUUUCGGAGUCGUCAAAGAAGAAAUUUUUGAUGAUAAUGCUAAGCUUCCCUGCUUCAACGGCAGAGUGGUGGCCUGGUUGGUGUUGGCUGAGAGCACACACUCAGAUGGAGGAUCCCAAUGCACAGAGAGCCACAAAGAGCUGCCGCCACCCUUGGAGCGAACGGGAGGGAUUGGAGAUUCCAGACCCCCUUCCUUCCAUGCCAAUGCUGUGAGCAGUCAGGAUGGAUUGGACACGGAGACAGGGACAGAAUCUCUCCAGAGUCAACGGAGAGAGCGGGAGAGAGAGCGGGCACGCAGGAGGGCACGAGAAAAUGAGUUCCCUCGGGUGAAUGGUCAUUCAAAGUCAGAACGUGCUAAUCGUGACUCGGCUGUUGGAAACGACAGUGCAUCAGUGAUGAGCAGCGAGCUGGAAUCCAGCUCCUUUAUCGACAGCGAUGAGGACGAGGAUGCCAGCAGACUUAGCAGUUCUACAGGGCAGAGCUCUUCAUCACAUCUCAUGCGCAGACACAAACGUCGACGACGGAAACAGAAAGUCACCAAAAUGGACAGGACCUCGUCCUUCAGUAGCAUUACAGACUCAACCAUGAGCCUAAACAUUAUCACUGUCACACUAAAUAUGGAGAAGUACAACUUCCUGGGUAUCAGUAUAGUGGGUCAGAGUAAUGACAGAGGAGAUGGGGGCAUCUAUAUCGGUUCCAUUAUGAAAGGUGGAGCGGUGGCGGCUGAUGGCAGGAUUGAGCCUGGAGACAUGCUGUUACAGGUGAAUAACGUGAACUUCGAGAACAUGAGUAAUGAUGAUGCUGUCAGGAUCCUGCGAGAGAUUGUCUCCAAACCUGGUCCGAUAAGCCUAACUGUGGCAAAAUGUUGGGACCCCUCUCCUAGAAGCUACUUCACCAUCCCCAGAGCUGAGCCAGUGAGACCCAUCGAUCCUGCUACAUGGAUCUCACACACUACAGCACUUUCUGGGCCUUACCCCCAUUAUGAGUUUGAUGACCUCCCCCUCUCGACGACAAAAACAGACAUGGCAACUAUAGUAAAGGUCAUGCAGCUGCCAGAUUCAGGCCUGGAGAUUAGAGACCGAAUGUGGUUGAAGAUCACCAUAGCCAAUGCUGUCAUUGGUGCUGAUGUUGUUGACUGGUUGUUCUCUCGUGUGGAGGGCUUUAAGGAUCGCCGCAACGCCAGAAAGUUUGCCAGCAGUUUGUUGAAACAUGGCUACCUAAGACACACUGUCAAUAAAAUCACCUUUUCUGAGCAGUGCUAUUACACCUUUGGAGAUCUCUGCCAAAAUAUGGCCUCUCUUAAUCUGAAUGAGGGAUCUAAUAGUGGAAGCUCUGAACAGGAUGGUUUGGCUCCUCUCCCUCCACCAGGCACCAACCCGUGGCCCCUCGGAGGUCAGCCCUACCCUUACCCUGGUUACCCCACCCCUCCACCAGGCUUCCCUCCUGGAUACUCAGAUCCCUGCCACAGUUUCCACAGUGGCAGUGCAGGCAGCCAGCAAAGUGAAGGUAGCAGAAGCAGUGGCUCCAACCCCAGUGCCGGGAAAGGACGAAGACCCUCGCCUCGAGAGAAGGACCAUAUGGCACCAUGCUGUGUGGUCAGCGAAUCAGAACUGGUCAUGUGGGUUGGAAGGCGUGGUGAGAGGGCACCCAGUCAGCUAAGUCAUCAAAGCCACACCCACUCAGCUGUCAGUAAGCCCCACUCGGGCCAUAGCUACGCUCACUCCGGGUACAGCCACGGCCAGUGCCACAGCAUCUCCCAGCAUAGCCACACCUCCUUCUCAUACAGCCACGCCCCUUUUGUGCAACCCAGUCAUUUGUCAUGUGCCUACAGUGAGAGAAGUCACUCCUCUUCCUAUGGCCCACCGGGUCUCCCUCCUCCGUACUGCCUAGCUCACCUUGCCCCCAACACGGCAGCAAACAUCGGCCCACCUGGGGCUCCACCCAUCCGGGAGUUAGGAAAUGUACCCCCAGAACUUACGGCUAGUCGGCAGUCUUUUCAACAUGCUAUGGGCAAUCCUUGUGAAUUUUUUGUUGAUAUUAUGUGACAGGAGAUUUCCUUUAACAUUUUCAGAGCACAAGGCCUACUUACUGCAAUUUGCUUCUUGAUGUUUUGCUACUGAUGAUCCCUGCACUGAGAAUGUAACUGACAGCCCAUUUUAAAUCUAUUAAUGUCCAUCCAAUGAUAUUGAAAUCAGUGAAGGACACUAAAAAAGCACAACUGCAGAGUUGAGUUAGACUCUGACACAAAAACUACAAUACUGCAGAAGCAGCACAAAAUAACAAAACUAAUAAGCUUUUAACAUUAUGCUUCUGCUGCUCUGCAUUUUGCACACAUUUCAAGCCAGACAACUCUUUAAACAGUCAGUUGUUUAUAUAUAUAUUCAUGCUCUGGAUGAGGUAUUUUCUUACACAAUUGCAUUCGACUUUGCAUUUAUUCUUUUGUCCAGUGAAUGACAAUCAUAAUGACAGUUGACAUACCUUAACAUUGCUGAAUGUAUUGUCCCUGCGAUUUAAUUAAAGUGUGUCAUUUUUGCGCAACUUGUGUCACCAAGCAGAAUUGCAAAAAGGGGUUAGGGUUAGGUGACAGGUUUUUAAACAGGUUUCCCAAACACUCCCCCUAUCUACCAUAGGUUGGUCAAACAGAUAGCCCACCCUAAACUCAUGCCAUUGGUUGAGACAGUGUUGCAGUGGCUGGUUGGGAUAUACAAAUAAUCAGAGCAAUUUUGAUAGCACUACAUUGUUUACACUUUUCAGGGGAAUUCGUUUACGAAAGGCUUACUUGUUUCUGCUUAUGCUAGGAUAGAUUGAAAGAUUUACACACUUCACCUUUAAGUUGAAGAGUAGCGUGAUAGCCAGUUAAGCUAUCAGUAAAUCAAUCUUUUGUAUUCUUAAUACUUGGACAGUUGUAAAUGUUAAAAUUAUGGUUGCCAAAUGUUGCAUAAAAUGUCCAUCAUAUCAGAUGUCCAGCCGUUCAGACCAAGCAGGUUCUUGCACUAAAACACCUAGAUGCAGUGCAACAAAUAGAACAGAAUGCAGGUGACUAUAGACACAUUUUUAACAGUUAAUGUUCUUUUUAAAUUGACAAGGUAUCUAAAGAACAUGGCAAUCCUGCGAGAGACACUGAAAAAAUAGUCUGUCCGUUUUUCGCAUGUUUACAUAGAAAUAUAGUUGAAAUAUGCAAAAACACAUUCUGUGUGAACGGCCCCUUAGACUCUAAAUGUACACCGUACAUUUUUAACCAUAAUAAACAGGUGCUUUUAGAACAUAAACAGUAUAUAUGAGGAUUACAUAAUUGACUGUUCAGACGCCACCAGUUGUCUUAUUAUUUACCACAAGAACGUCACUGUACAGUUAAUGCAGUAAUCUAUGAUUAGAAUGGUAGUAGGACCUGUAAGUAAAAUCAUAGAUGAUAUUAUGAUCUGAAAACUGGCAAAUGGGCUAACCAAAGUCCCUUGGCAAUCAGUGUUCUUUGUUUUAUAAAAAAAAAAAAAUUUUCAUAUGGAGGACAUUAUUUGUUGUUAUGGUGAAGCUUACUGAUAAAUCAGUGAAAUGUUGUCCAAAAACAUACAGUUUGUCUUUGUUCAUAAUAUUCUGUUCCAUUCACUGGCCUAUCUGCCAUAAAAUUCAAGAAUUACAUUGUUCGAUUAAUUCAUCAAGCACUUUUGAAAUGUAACUGCUGGACCCUUUAGAAUGAAGUGCUGACUGCAAUGAAAACUGUUUUCUUUAUUAUUGCUUCACAAAAGAGGGAUAAUAAAUUGUAAAUAUGAUAAUAAUAAUAAUAAUUAUAUAUAUACAUACAUAUAUAUAUAAAACUGAGAAAAUAAAAUUGAUGUAUUAAGAAG